AUGCAAUUUCUUCCCAUUGACGAAGAUGUGUUCGUUAAUGGUGUUCGUCACAUUAGUAAUUGUGUUAAACAAAAUGGAACAAUGCCACAUUAUACUACAUUUAAUUAUGAAAAUAUAUUAGGAAUAUUAAAUCGUUUAACACACGGUACAAAUGGACAUGUACAACAAAUAAUAACUCAUUUAAAAUUAUUUAAAAUUUCGUUACGUUUAGUUCGUUUAAAAUAUUAUCCUAAACAACUUUAUGAUUUUGUAUUAAAUUUAUUUAAACACCAAUGUGAAGCACCACAAACAUUUGACAAAGUAACAACAACUCAAGGACGAACAUAUUUAGUUCCAAAAAGGUCACUGGAAAUCAAUAAUGAUAAAAUUACAAAUAUUAUUCAAACUUAUAUUAAUUCAACAAGAUUUUCAGUUAAACAAUGUGCAUAUUCAUCAUCAACACAAUUUAGAUCAAUAGAAUAUUGUAAAAAAUUAAAAACUGAUGAUUCGUGCAUAUUAUAUGAAUCAGCUACUGGAAAAACAAAUAUUGGAUUUAUCGAAGCUAGAUGUUAUGAAAAUAUUUUCGCUUAG